AUGACAAGAAAUGCUCAUCAACAUUCAAUAAUGCUCGUUCGACUGCGUCAUCGAUACCGUCCUCAAGAUGUUGUAAUUAUUCUUGAUGAUGAUGACGAUAAUAAUGAUAUUGAAAUCAGCGAAAUAUCAAAUAUAAAUACACAUGAAAAUGAAGAUAAUAAAAUUUUGAAAAAUUUAAUUUCAAAACUUGACAUCGAUACUGAAUUAAUUCGUGUCAAAUCAAAUUCAUCUAUACAAAUAUGUACAGCAGCAUUAGCGUAUUCAAAACUUUCAGAAACUCAUAUUAUUAUAGUUAAUCAUUCUCCAUUAUCAUCAAUGGAAUGUAUAAUUAAACGACAGUUAUAUAUCAGUAUAUCAAAUUCAUCAUUGUCUAUACCAACACAAACUCGUGUUUAUCAUCGUUCAUUAUCUUUACUUGGUUUUAUACUUGAAAAACCUUGUUCAAUAAAAAAUCUCGAUCGAUAUCUUAUUCUAUAUGAUAAUUAUACAGCUAACUAUCAUUUACAAACAGAUUUUCAUCUUUGUCUUUGUCAAGACUUUCAAAAACAUUUAUCAAAUAUUGAUUAUAAUGAAUUACAUUCAUAUUACAAACAUGCAUUUAAAUAUUCAAAUGGAUUUCAACAAUCAAAUUAUUCUCUAGGUACAAUAAUACGCGUAAGAAAAUUUGGUACACAAUAUCAUAAUGCACGUAUUAUUGACAAAGAUUGUUCACUUAUAAAAAUAUGUUUUUAUGAACGAAAAUCUCAAACACAAAUAUGGAUUCAUUCAAAUUCAUCAAUGAUUGAUUCAUCGCAAGAAUUAUCAUUAUCAACAAAAUUAAAAAUUUCAUCAUCAUCAUCAUCAUUAUCAUCGUCGUUUAAAUCACCUGAUUCAACAAAUGAUAUGAUUAUUACAGAUUUUGAUUUAUCAAGUUUACGUAAACGGAAAACAAAUGUCAAUAAUAUAAAUGAAGGUAAAAAAAAACUUCGUGAUCGAUCAAAUACUAAACAAGUACAAAUUUCACAACGACAAUCUUCUUCAUCUAGUGAUGAAGUUCCAUCAGCAUCACGUGCUAAUAUGCUUACAGCAUAUUAUACUGAUAUACUUUUACCAAAAUUUCGUAUACUCAAUAGUUUACCAUUUAUUGGACAUAAAUGUAGUCGACAAUGUGUCUCAUUAGUUGAAGAAAAUUUUCAUGUUAAUAAAAUUCAUACAAAUCCAUUUUUGCUACCAUUUGAAUAUCAAUGGUCAGUUGUAGAUGGUAAACCACGUGGUUAUCGUUCACCAUGUCGUCGUGUAUUUUAUAUACUUGAUGAAAUUGAAAAAUAUCUUCAUCGAACAGAAUCAAAAUUAUCUAUAAAAUUUUUUGUUGAUGAUCUUGUAACACGUUUUACACCGGCUAUAGAAAAAUUUGAUCAAAAAUUUAUUGUUAUGGAUGAUCUUUCGAAUGGUCAAGAACUUAUUGAAAUAUCUGUAUAUAAUGAUAUAGAUAAUGAGAAACCUGAUAAUUUUACUUAUAUUACUCAAAUUCGUCCAUUUGAUAAUCGAAUUUAUGCUGCAUAUAAUGAUACAAAUAUGACAUCAUGCUGUGAUUGUGUUGAUAAUUGUAGUGAUCGAAUGAAAUGUGCCUGUUUUCGUAAAACAUUGGAUCAGGCUCUCCUCAAUCAUGAUCCAUUAGUUAUUGAAAAACAAAAAAAUCGUAAUACACUUUCAAAUAUAAUUAAAAGUAUAGGUUAUCAAAGAAAGCGUUUACUUAAUCCAGUAUCAAGUGGUAUAUAUGAAUGCAAUUCAAAAUGUUCAUGUCAUCGUAAACAUUGUACAAACCGUCUUGUACAACAAGGUUUAUUUGUACAGUUACAAUUAUUUAAAGACAAAAAUAAAGGUUGGGGUUUACGUACAUUACAUGAUUUACCACGUGGAACAUUUAUUUGUCAAUAUGUUGGGGAAUUAAUAACAUCAGAUCAAGGACAUGAACGUGUUCAAACAAUGGAUGAUAAAUAUCAAACAAGUCUUGAUUUAGUUAGACAAAUUUAUUAUGAAGUUAAUAAUGAUGAUGAUGAUAUUGAUGAUGAUGACGAUGAUGAUGAACCAUAUGUUAUUGAUGGAAGUUUAUACAGUAAUUUAGGAAAAUAUUUUAAUCAUUCAUGUAAUCCAAAUAUGUACAUCCAAAAUGUAUUUAUUGAAUCACAUGAUUUACAUUUUCCAAGUUUAGCAUUAUUUACAAGUACUCGUGUUAAAGCAGGAGAAGCAGCAACCGCAACAGCAGGAGCAACAGCAAUAACAACUGCAUCAUUAUCAUCAUCACAAUCUCUAUCACAAUCAACAGAUGAUUCAUCAACAGCAGUCGUACCAUUGACAAAACCAUCAUCAUCAUCACAUCUAUCUGAUAUUGUACGACAAAAAUCUACAACAAUAUCAACAAAUAAUGGUUCAUCGAUUCAAUUACAAGAUGAUGCAUCAUUAUCAUCAUCGAGUAAAACACGUUUACUUCAACGUAUGAUUUCACUAAGACGUUCAUCAAGUAGUAAAACAUCGACACCAAUUUUAUCAUCACAUGUUUCAUCAACAUCAUCAUCAUGUCGUUCAUAUAAUGUGCGUGCAUUUGAAAUAGCGCGUGAUCGAAAUCUUCGUCAUUAUCCUUGUAUAGUACAUUUUCUUGAUGAUACUGAACGAACAUUUCAUAUUGAUCGUCGUUCGAAAGGAAUUGAUUUACUUAAUGAAGUAUUUGAUUAUUUGGAUUUAUCAACUGAAAGAAAAUAUUUUGGUUUACUUGUUGAAGAUUUAACACAAGAUUUUGCAUAUCGAUGGUUAGAUUCAACAAAAACUCUUAAAAAACAAUUAACAACAACAAUGUCACCAUAUCAUCUUUAUUUUAAAGUACGAUUCUUUCUUACAGAUCCAUCGACACAAAUUGAUGAUGAAUUUACAAAAUAUUUAUAUGUAUUACAAAUAAAAAAAGAAUUAUUAAGUGGUAAAAUGUGGUGUCCAAGAUCAACAGCAGCUAUACUUGCAAGUUAUAUUGUACAAAGUGAGCUUGGUGAUUAUGAUCCAGAUGAACAUCGACAAGGUUAUUUAGAAGAUUUUCGUUUUGUACCAUUUCAAAAUUCUGAUUUUGAUAAUGAAGUUGAACAAUAUCAUAAAGAACAUAGAGGUCAAUCUCCAGCUGAUGCAGAAGUCAACUAUCUUCGUGUCGUUAGUUCGUUAGAUAUGUAUGGUGUAGAAUUACACAAAGCAUCUGUUAAAGUAUCAACUACAAAUGAUAAUGUAAAUAAUUCAAUUGUUGAAUUAUAUGUUGGUGUUUGUGCUAUUGGUAUAUCUGUUUUUCAAAAUUCAACUAAACUAAAUACAUUUUCUUGGGAUCGAGUAACAAAAAUAUCUUUUAAACGUCGAACAUUUUAUAUUCAACUUGUUAAAAGUCUUAACUCACCAGAUGAUAAUUCAAUUGUAUUUACAUUACGUAGUUAUCGUUGUUGUAAAUAUUUAUGGAAAUCAUGUGUUGAUCAUCAUACUUUUUUUCGUUUAACAUCGAUUCCACCAUCACCGAGAAAAUUUUUUCAAUUUACUAAUAAAUUUCGACAUAGUAAUGAUGUUGUACAAAAUGGUUUGUUAAUUGAAGCAAAUGGUAAAAAACCAAAGACAUUUGAAAGAGUCUCAAGUCGUAGAAGUUUUCGUUCAAUAAAUGGCUCAUCAACAUUACCAGCAUCAACAGCAAAUAAUAGUUUAUCAUUAACUAGAAAUUCAAAUUUAAAGACAGUCUUAUUUCUUUCGUCAUCGUCAGUAUCAAUAUCAAAGUCUGAUAAAAUAUUAAAUACUCGUUCACCACCACCACCGAAACCUCCUCGACAACCAUUUAAUACAUCGAAAAAUUCUCAACAACAAAAUUCUUCAAUAAAUAAUAAUGCAUUGAUCGAAGCUAAUGAGUAUAAACCAAAAAAUGCUACUUUACCAAGAAAAAAUAAUUAUCAAAAUAGUCUUGAAAUAUCUAACGGAACAUCAUAUAUUGAUGAUAUUCUAACAAAAGAAAAUUCCGAUACAAUUACUAUAAAACUUCAACCAGAUGGUGAUGGUCGAUAUGGUUUUAAUGUUAAAGGUGGCGGUGAUGAACAUUCACCAAUUGUUAUCUCAAGAAUAGCUUUAAAUACACCAGCUAAUCGAGCAUCACUUCAUGAAGGUGAUCAAAUAUUAUCAAUUAAUAAUAUUGAUAUAUUAAAUCAUUCACACGAAGAAGUUGUUAAUAUGAUUCGACAAUCACGUGAAAGACCAUCUGGUGAAUUAGAACUUUUGAUACGACCUUUAAAUAAAUGUCAUUUAUCAUCAAAUAAUAAUAAUGAUUUGGAACAUACUUAUGAUAAUGAUUUUUUAAAUUUAAAUGAAAAAGAUCCAUUAGAACAAUCAUUAGAAACAUUACGUGAUGAUCUUACAACUGGUCAUCUUAUUGAACAGUAUGAAGCACUUCCACGACGUAAAGAAGGUUUUACAUUUGAAAUUGGUACUAGUCAAAAUAAUUAUUAUCGUAAUCGUUAUAAAGAUGUUUUACCUUAUGAUCAAACACGUGUUAUACUUAAAUCUAGUUCAGAUAGUGAUUAUAUUAAUGCUAAUUUUAUUAAUAUGCCUAUUACGUCAACGGAUAUGGUUAAUCGUUAUAUAGCUACACAAGGACCAUUGCCAACGACGUGUGAAGCUUUUUGGACAAUGAUCUGGGAACAACAAUGUACAUUAUUAAUUAUGCUUACGACUUUAUUUGAAAAUGGUCGAAUAAAAUGUCAUCAAUAUUGGCCAAAUGUAUUAGAAACAAAUGAUUAUGGUUUAUUUAGUGUACGUUGUCGACGUGAACGGAAAGAAAAUCAACUUAUAUAUCGAGAAUUUUUCUUUACACAUAAAGAAACUAAUGAAGAAAGAAUUAUUUAUCAAAUACAAACUGAAACAUGGCCUGAUCAUGGUGUACCAAAUGAUUUUGCAUCUUUUGUUGAAUUUGUUUUAGAAAUUCGAGAAUUAAGAAAAUCAAAAAAACAUCUACCUAUUCUUGUUCAUUGCAGUGCUGGUAUUGGUCGAACUGGUGUUAUUAUAUUAAUGGAAACUGCUCUAUGUCUUAUUGAAACGAAUCAACCUAUAUUUCCACUUGACAUUGUUCGACAAAUGCGUGAGCAACGUUUAGGAAUGAUUCAAACUGCUAGUCAAUAUCAAUUUGCAUGCGGAGCCGUACUAUAUGCCUAUGAUCAUGGAUUAGUACAAGUGAACAGAAAUUAA